AUCUUAUCGGCGAUGUAGACCAACGGCGGCCGUGUAACAUAGUGUGCACACAGCCGCGCCGUCUGAGUGCAACGGCUGUGGCUGGUCGAGUGGCAGCCGAAAGGGGCGAGAAAGUGGGCCAGGGGGUUGGAUAUAGUAUUCGCCUGGAGAACAAGCGAUGUGCAGAGACACGACUUCUGUUCUGUACGACAG